GGAGUCCAGGGAAGCUUUCAGUUUCCGCCUUUCCGGAGCGGGGCUGGUGCUGCAGGUGAGGCGAGGAGGCUCCGUUCAUCUCUAUCCACAACUACCGUAGCAGCAGCAGAGUCCGCCUCCGCGGCUUCGCCCUAACCAACGAACAGCAGCGCAUGCACUCCGCCACCUCAGACCUCACCUCCCUUUCCUUCCCCGUUUCGCCGUCGUCGCAUCCGUUUGUGCUUUGCCGGAGUUGGAGAUGCCAUCAACCACCUGUGAACUCCAUUGAGCAGGGAUCGAGUUGCCCAAAUUGUGGUGAUUGAAGCGUUCCAAGUUCCAAGCACAUACAAUGCAGGGCAUCUCUAUAUGCGGUUCAGUUGCCUCACCCCAUGGAGCAAAUUGCAGAAGGGCUUGUGUUGCAAGGAACAGUCUGAGGCUGCCAUAUGAGAUUAAUAAUGCAGUAACCCAUGGAGCUUACUCAUGCCACUGGCACAUGCAUAAACUACACAAAAACACCAAUGGCAGAAGAAUGAAUGCUACAGUAAGAACUAAUGCGAGAUGGUUGUUUGGAGGAGAGGGGCGUAGCAGUGAUGCAAGGCUGGAGCGCAGUGAAUCUGCUAAUGAAGAUAUCUUGAUCUUCUACUUCCAGAUGGAUUUACAGACCCGGAUACAAUAUGCAUUGAAUAUAGAACAAUUUGAUGUGGCAAAACAAUUGAGGGAAAAACUCACUGAGAUUGAAACGGAAAUAAUUAGGCAACGUGAAGCUAGAAGAGGUUCAUCAAAGACUGAAGCUCAGGACAAAUCUCUGGAUCUUUUACGUGUACGUGCAGACUUGCAGAAAGCUAUUGACAGUGAGAACUAUGCUUUGGCAGCUGGUUUGCGUGAUGAAAUCGCCAAACUUGAGGCCGAAUCUCUUGCAGUAUCUGCUAAAGCUCUUGCUUAUCAAAAUGUGAAAUAUGCAUUUCGACUAGGGCAGAAAGUACGUCACAAGGUACAUGGAUAUAGAGGGGUGAUAUGUGGCAUGGAUCCUGUAUGCUGUGAAUCCAAGUCAUGGAUGGAGACCGCAAAUGUGGAGAAGUUGUCUAAAGGUCCAAAUCAGCCAUUUUAUCAGGUCCUGGUUGAUGUAUACGUUGAUCCAGAACUACUUGUUGCAUAUGUGGCAGAAGAAAAUCUUUCAGCAGCUGAAGAAUCAGAGAAAGGAAGGUUUGAUCACCCCUACAUUGAAUUUCUAUUCUAUGGUGAGGACACGGCUGGGGACUUCAUCCCUAUCAAACAACUCCGUGAGAAGUAUGACCAACCACGUUAUGAAGCUUCUGGAGAUGAAAACGACAACGAUGGCGACACAAGUAGCUGAAGGGCAAGUGCCUUCAUGUAUCUAAAGUUGUUUUUGGAACCAUUCUGAUUCACCACACACUGAGAUGUGAAUUAUUGAGGUAUCUGGUACAAGUGCAGAUGGCAAUACAACCAUUGGCGAAAUGCUCAUCAGUGGGAAUGUGCAGUGGAUAAACUGCAUAUCACCCUUGCAGAUUGGAGGUUACUCUCUUACAGUUAUAAUCUCAUCAAUCACUGAAACGAUGCUCGAGACAAGUUACAUUUGCGCUUUUUUAUUGUUACACUGUCGACGGGUGUCAAAGCAAAAGGAAAAAAAAUAAUCCUUGUAGAUGUCCUGUGUACAGUUCUCCCAUAUCAUCUCAUUUUCUGUACCCUCUUACGGACAAUUGUGCAUAUGUGAUACUUGCAACUCCAGUUGAGUUUAGAAUAAUUUUCGCGAAGGCUUCACGUGCA